CGCAAACACCCGUAAAAUCCUCUUAUUCCCUCCUCCGAGAACAUGCACAAACAUGGAAAAAAACCUGACUCCCACCUGCAAGUGCAGCCUGGCGGGACUGCCGAACCGCUCAACCGAACAGUUGAACCUGAUCGUGGCUGAGCAGCCUGUACCCCAGGCAUCGGUACUCAAUGACCGCGAGGCGCAGAACGACACGCACCCGAUAAUACCGCGUCCCCUUGCACAGUUGGGAGGCGAUGCUGAUGGAGGAUUUGCGUCGUGGAGGAGGCGGAGUGAUGAGGUGGUCAGGUACUUGAAUGGGGAAGGGCCUCGAGUGAGGCAGCAGGUCAGCUUUCGUUUUUGUUUCUUGAUUGUCGUUUGCUGUUCUUCUGUUCCAAUUUGCGCAUCAUCAAUUUGUCAACUGUCAAUCGUUGAACGAGAGAAAUGGCAGAUCAAGUGAGCGUCGCUGAGAAUAUCGAGAGAGUCUCGACGGCAGGAUUCGAGCUCGCGAAACAAUUGCAUCGGGCGAGCAUAUCGGGCGACGAAGUUCACAGCUACAAGGAGGAAAUCAAUUCAUUCAGAAGUCAACUGCAGAGUUUGGAUGUGUUGCUUGCGACAAGCUUCGACCAAUCAAGCGACUUGUGAGCACUCUUUGGCAUCAAUUGGUUCUCAUACUGACGUAUGACAGGAUGGAUGAAGUGCUUGAGAACACAUUGAAGGAAGGCCACUGCUCGCGGACUGCAUCUAUAAAUGAAGUCUCUUUCUCACCAGCUUCGACU